AUGGUCAACAGCCCACUGGCUGCAGCUCUCCUGAGCUUCGAAUCCCCGGCACUGGAAGCGCGUUACUGCGCCCACAGGACCGCCACCUUCUUCUUCGCGGUGGAUCGAUACUCGGCGGCGUACAGAGCGGGAGCGCCGCUCGUCAUACUCGGUCAGAGGCUGCUGAAGCCAGAAGGGGGCGGCACGGCGCUCCAGUACUUGAUGGUAUCGCUGGCGUCGGCCUUCACGACCCUGUCUGUGAUGAUGGCGUUCUUUCCCGGCCGGUGGGCGGUCAAGUGGCGGGAGCCCGUGACGGUUUUUCUGCGAGGCACGAUCGUCCCCGCCACCGUGCUGACAUGCUUUUUGGACUGGAACCGAAUGCCGGACCCUCCCAGCUGGAUUUCGUACAUCUUUGUGGCCUUCCACACUUCAGGGCUGUCCAUGACUUCCAUUUUCCCUCUGGCUAUGCCAGUGCUCGUCAAGCACCAUCUGCCGCUCCAUGCUGCUGUCUUCCUGCUCAUGGUGAACGCACACGUUCCCAGAUUCUGUUACAUGAUCUCCAAAAGGCCAGAUUCUCAUAGCUAUGUCCUUGCGAGCUGGCGGGCACUUUCUUCCUGUGCUUGGAACUUUCUUAAUGCCAUGCAGCUCAUAGACGUGAGGGAGGAUACCACGCCAGAGGUUGAGGCUGCGUGUGGGCACAUGUUUACUUGGCUGUACAUAAUGGUCGGCCUUGUGGUGCCCACAUACGUGAUGUGGAUGCUUGAGAACCAGAGCAGGGCAGUGUUUGUUGAAAGGGAGAUUGCGAGGGGCAGCUUUGUGGGGUCCCAGAUGGACAGGCGGUGGCAGGCGCUGCCCGGGACAGUCGUCUUUUUCCACGCGAUGGUGGUGAUGUUGCUUGCGGCGGUGUGCUGGGAGGGCACUGUGGGGUACUUCAUAGAUAGGGGAGACAGGAUGUUCGUUUAG